AUGAUCCUCUUAUUCUGUGCCGCAUUAGUGCAAAUUGUCUCCUCAUGGCCUGAUGGAGCACCAUGUUUGCAUGCGGCAUAUGAAAGUAUGAAUCCUUUGGAAGCAGUGGAACAUCAAGGAGGAUUGCAGCUAACAGAACCACCGUACGAAAUCAAAGUAGAUCAGAAAUGUUACUGGAGGAAUCAACCGCUUACACUGCACCUUCAAGGUCUUAAUGAGAGCGUAUGGUAUAAAGGAUUUGUUAUUCAACCAUUCGAAUGGAGAGAUGGUCGAUUAGGUGAAAGGAUGGGACAACUGAUGAGGUUGGACGACAACGGUUCGUGGCAACAACAAUGUUUUCGGUUCAAAAAUUCCGCCACACAUUCUCAUGAUGAGAAAAAGAAGCAUAUGCGAUUAUGGUGGAAAAUCGAUGAGGACAGUCGAACAGUGCAAUUUGUUGCUACUGUAGUGAAGCAUCAGACGAUGUUCUGGGUGAAAUCCGUGCUAUCGAAUCCAAUUCCACCGUGUCGAGUUUCAAAGACUGGCAUCGAGAACUACCAGAAACCAAUGCCAACACUUCCGCCACCAGUGAAACAAUUCAAAAUGGACACUAUCAAAGCAUUCGGCACCGAACGCAUUCAGCCACCACCUCAGCUUCAGCUUCCGCCUCAACCUCAACCUCCGCUGCAAUCUCAACGUCAGCCGGAUAUAACAUUCACAACAAGAAUGUCGUCGCCAGUUCCUGUCACAACUCCCUCACCACCACCACCGCAACUUGUUGGAUCCUCGUCUACGCGAAUGAAACAGAUCAUACCCGUGGCAGAUGGUUUCCAAGGAAGACAAGUAUCUUUUGAACCUGGACUUCAAUCGAGAACAGUUUCGAACGCUGGGAUUCAAGCAAGGCCAGCGCCGAGUGACAAUCGGAUGACAAUGACAAAUACUCCUUUUCCUACCACUAUUGGCACAAGAAUACCGACAUCACAGCAAUUCUCGCAACCGUCGACACAGCGAAUUACAAUCUUACGACCAGAAACUUCAUUCAGACAGCAAAAUUCAUUCAGUGCUUCAAUCCAGACCAGACCAAGCUCUGUACCACUACAAUUUCGAUCCACACCUGACGUACGACGUCCAACAGUUAUGGUGCGAUUCUGCUUUGAUCGUGACGGUGCCGAUCGUUGCGCUGAUUGGGUCCCAUACUGCAGAAGUGAACGAUUUUAUGCCUACAUGAGGUCUUAUUGUACCAGAUCAUGUGGAUUCUGUUGA